CAGCAGGACACACAGAGGAGCAGCAAAGAAACAUGAAGGCCCUGGUUCUGCUUAUGCUUCUGGGAUCCAGCUGUGUCUACACAACGUCUGUUCCCAGCUUUCAUGUAUCUACCAAUGAACCAGAUGAGCUCUCCAGCGGUCCGGUCAGAACCAACACAAAUGAGCCAUUACCUAACACGGAAGGAGUCUACAGAGCCACCCAACACACCGAUACCUCCAGCAUUCACAGUUCAUCAACCUUUGGAGCAUUGGCUCAUGUGAACACCAACAAACCUCCAGAUUUAGAUUCAUAUGGUACAUCUUCUGUUCCAGAAGUGUUAGAUCCAAGCACAGACAAAAGUGGUUUAACUGGUCAUGGCAUGUCCACCACCAACCAGUUAAACACUCACACUGCCCCCUCCAAUCCAGGUGUGUCCACCAUCCACCAGUUAAAUGUCCACACCACCACAUCUGUUUCAGAUGUGUCUACCAACGACCAAUUAGAUUUCCAAACUGUCUCAUCUGGUCCAAACGUGUCCACCACCAACCAGUUAAAUGUACAAACUGUCUCACUUGGUCCAGGUGUGUUCACCACUGAUCAAUCAGAUGCUCACAGUGUCUCUCCUGGUCCAGAUGCCUUCACCACUGACCAAUCAGAAGUUCAAACUGGGUCAUCUGGUGCAGGUGUGUUCACCAUCAACCAAUCAGAAUUGUCAGACAGAUCAAAAGGAAAAACAUACCCAGGCCUCAGAACUGAAACUGCAUCGGUUUUGAACACAUUGUCCUCCUUUAAUGGGAACCAGGUGGACUCCACUGGAAGCAGAACAAUAAGGCUUGGUUCCUCUACAAGACUCCCACAGGUGAGCACAGAUGAACUGAAGAAAUUCACAGUCCCCUUUGAGUUUUCAUCAAUUGCUACAUCUACAUUGGACAGUUUGUCUGCUGACUCUGAGCCAAACACCAUACCAGCAUCCCAUCGUGUUACUUACACAGAAAGCCCUACCUUAGCUCCACUAACCACCGCUUACACACCUGGAGAAUCCCACCUGAUAUCUUCAUCCAUGACUGAGACAAAGCCAUUAUACACCCAUUACAAUCUUGUCACAGCUUCUGGAGCUCCACUUUCAGUUGAAGGCUUCACCCAAAAAACAGACACAGCUAAGAAUGUGACUAAAGUAGCUGACAAUACUCAUGCUGGCACAUCACAAAUCCGACCUGAAGCCACAGAUGUUGUUUCAGGAUCUGAAAAUAUACCUGCAGUAACACAUAAGAUUGAACCCAUUAACCCUUCUGUGGUUACACCAAGAACCACCCCUAAAUCUGCACCUGAAACCAGACUUGGAGCCUUUACACAUGAAAUCACCCCUGCAGCUUCUGAACCUGAAACUACACCUGGAACCAUAACACAUAAAACCACACCUGGAACCUUCACACAUAAAAUCACACCUGCAGCUUCUGAAUCUGAAACUACACCUGGAACCUUAACACAUGAAACCACACCUGGAACCUUCACACAUAAAAUCACACCUGGAGCUUCUGAACCUGAAACUACACUUGGAACCUUCGCACAUGAAACCACACCUGCAGCCUGUGAACCUAAAAUCACACAUGGAACCUUCACACAGGAAAUCACACCUACAGCCUAUAAACCUGAAACCACAACUGGAACCUUAAUACAAGAAAUCACACCUGCAGCUUCUGAACCUAAAACCACACCUGGAACUUUAACACAUGAAACUACACCUGGAGCUUCUGAACCCAAAACCACACCUGGAACCUUUAUACAUGAAAUCAAACCUGCAGCCACACCUUCAGCUUCUACACGUGAGUCCACACCUGGAACCUCCACACAUGAAAUCACAUCAGUGGCUUCUGAGGAUGAAACCACCCUUGAAGCUUUUUCACAUGAGACCACACCUGCCGUUAAAGCUACAACUACACCUGCAAUCAGAAAGACAACCAGAGCUGCAACCAAAUCUCAAACUACAUUAGCCAGAAGACUUGUUUCUACAAUGGAAGCAACCCCUGCAGCAACACCUGGUUCUACACCUGUGACCACACCUAGAGCCACAACACCUGCAGUAUCCACCCCCUCUAUACCCAUUAUAUCCACAAUGACUACCGUCAGAACUGUACCAACAAGCCUCUCCAGCAUUACCACACAAACCACACAAUCAGCUGCAACUCCACCACUGGCCACCACACAAGUCCAGACCUCGGCUGGACCCAGAUGCUCCGUGGAAUUGACAGAGGUCAGGGCUAGCUGGGACUCAGCAGCGGUUUGGUUCACUGCUGCCUGCCUAUCACCUAAGUUCAUAGUCUUCAUAGACGCAGGAUCUGGGCCAAUCGUGGUCCGCUGUGAUCCGGAUGGAAACAAAGGCUAUAUCUUCAUCUGCAACAUGACAAAGCUAGAACCAGGAACUUUAUACUGGCUGACGGUGUUCUCUGGGAAAGAUGAGGAGAUAAGUCUUGGCUCGAUGCGCACAGACCCAGUUGGUCCGGCUCAUCUUGAGGUCAUCCCGGAGAGCCCGACUUCAUUUAAGGGUGGAUCCUCUGGGUUGCGGGUCCUCUGGUCCCCCUCUGCAGGACAUGUGGACUGGUAUGAUGUAACUCUAGAGGACACCUGCUCCGGUUUGGUCCGCAGUACUAGAAUUAUGGGUUCUGCAGCUCCCCAGUCUGGUUUCAGCUCACUGGUCCCAGGAACUAUGUACAACAUCAGUGUGUUGGCCAGAUCUGGGAACAAGACAGCUGCUCCCGUGCACGCCAUCACAGUAACAGCCCCCUCAGCUGUGAAUGGCCUCCAAGUCGCGUCCUCAUCUUCAGAUAGCCUCGGUAUUUCCUGGCAGCCCGGCCUGGGACGGAUGGAGAAUUUCAGGGUUCUGUUGAUGGACCGGAAUGGGUUUCUCCUAAGGAACAUCACUUUGAAGAACACUACAACCUCCACUAAGCUGGACAGGCUGCAGCCAGGGACACAGUACAGGGUCACCGUGGUAACAGAUGCUGCCGGCCUGCAACAGUCCGCCUCCAUCCAGGCCUACACAGUCCCAGCAGUUGUGUCAAAUCUGAUCAUCAACAAUGACGACAGCUCAGAUACACUUCAGGCCUCCUGGACCUCACCUGAAGGGGGUGUGGACUUUUUUACGGUGACCCUGAGGGCUUCAGGAUUGACCCCUCAGCAACAAACCCUGCCCCCCAAUGUCACCCAUCUGGUAUUUAUGGAUCUAACUCCCGGACGCCUCUACCAGCUAUCUGUCAACUCGUCAGCUGGAGGCCUGAGUUCGGAGAACAGGGCCGAAGGGAGGACAGUUCCUGACCAGGUGUCCACCCUCUCCAUGUCCAUCGACAACAGUAAGCUGCAACUCAGUUGGUCGCCCCCCAGAGGUGACUGGGAGAACUACAGCAUCCUGUUGACAGAUGGCCCGGCUGUCCUGAUGAAUCGGACCAUCAGUAAGCAGAGCAGGCAACUUCUUGUGUCCGUCCAGAGCCUUGGCUUGGUUCCAGGACAACUCUACUCUGCAGAGCUCACAGUGAACAGUGGCGGUUUGAGUAACACGGCCCACUGCAGCAGCAGGCUAGCACCUCGUUCCGUGCAGCAGCUUGUCAUCCGUCAUGCUGAUGAGACGUCUCUGAGUGUCCAGUGGAGACAGCCUGUUGGACGGUGGGACAACUUUAUGGUGCUCCUCACAGAUGAGGACCUUGCCACUCCUGACACUCAGAGGAUCCUCAGUGGUGGGUUGAGAGAUUCCUCCUUCAAGGGUCUCACCUCAGGACGGCGCUACACUGUUACGGUGACAACUAACAGUGGCAACCUGAGCAGCUCUGACUCCCUGAUAGCAUGGACCACCCCAGCUCCAGUCAGCCAGCUGCAGGUUUCUAACCACGGCAGCACCGACAGCCUGCAGGCUCACUGGGAACUGGCCUCUGGAGACCAAGACUCGUACCAGGUCCUGCUGGUCCACGACAGCAGCAUCAUCAAGAAUGGGAGUGUGGUGGCAAACAUCAGCAGCAUAAUCUUCCAGAACCUGAGACCAGGAGCACAGUACAAGGUGGUGGUCACCACCGUUAGAGCCGGACUCACUUCCAGACAGACUGUAGCCGAAGGACGCACAGUGCCGGCCGCGGUCACUGAUGUUCGGGUCAGUAACAAUGGUCGCACCGACUUCCUCACUGUAUCAUGGAAUCAGGCUGCAGGUGAGGUGGACAGUUACCUGGUUACUCUCAGAGACCGUGACAGGACGUUGCACACCCUAGCUGUGUCAAAAUUCAACCCCGGAUGUGUCUUCAAUUCGCUGAUAUCUGGACGCCUCUACAACAUCUCCAUCACCAGCUGCAGCGGCCGCUACCAAAACCACACCUUCAUCCAGGAGAGAACACAACCCUCGAAGGUGCAGAACCCCACAGCGACCCAUGGUGCUCGGGACGACUACUUGAAGGUUUACUGGCGUCAUGCUGCUGGAGACUUUGACCUGUACCAGGUGUUCAUCAAGCACAACAACACCUUCCAACAGAACAAGACGGUGCAGAAGAUGCAGAGUGAGUGUGUGUUCACAGGUCUGGUACCAGGGCGACUCUACACGGUACUGGUGAACACCUGGAGUGGUUCUUAUGAGGCCAGUGCCUCCACCCAUGGCAGAACCUUCCCAGCAGCAGUUCGCUCUCUGACUCUGGCGGGACGGGGGACUGAAGAUCUUCGGGUGACGUGGUCGGGGGCUCCAGGAGACGUGGAUCACUAUGAAGUGCAGCUGCUGUUCAGCGACAUGAAGGUGUUUCCUCCCAUCACUCUGGGCAGUGGGGUGGGGGAGUGCGUCCUUUCAUCGCUCACACCUGGGCGACUCUACAAGAUCCUAGUGUCCACCUUCAGCGGUCCGAAUCAGAGGGCCCAGUUCAUCGAGGGUCGCACAGUUCCCAGUAAGGUGAAGAACAUCCAUGUUAACAGUGACAGCAGCCGUCUGAAGGUGAGCUGGACACCUGGAUCAGGGGAUGUGGAUGGAUACUCAGUGUUUCUGUUCAGAGAGAAUCGAGAACUGGCCAUCCAAGCUGUCCUCAAGCACCAAAAUGAGGUGACGUUCGACUGGCUGCAGCCGGGUCAGCUGUACGGUGUUAUGGUCCAAUCAGCGAGUGGAGAGCUGCUGAACAACAACACGUCCACCGGACGCACAGUCCCGUUAUCAGUCACAGAUCUGCAGGUGGAGCCCAUCCUCAGCACCUGCAGCCUGCAGGUGAGCUGGCAAGAACCUCUUGGUGUGUCUGAUGGAUACAUCCUGCAGGUUCUGGAUGAAAGGGGCAGCAUCAUCACCAACGGCUCACAGCCAGUCGGAUUCACCCACUACAGGUUUGACAACCUUACGCCGGGGAAGAAGUAUCGAAUCCUGGUCCAGACCACAAGCGGGGGACUCCACAGCCUGGGGGUUAGCACAGAAGCUCGAACACACCCUGCUUCUGUUACUGAUCUGUCCAUCAAAACCAGCACCACUGCCAGCCUGUCCUUCCAGUGGUCCCCACCAGAAGGAGACUUCCAGCUUUAUGAAGUCUUUUUGUAUAAAAGUGAUGAUUCUCUGCAGGAAAGCCGACAGGUCCAACCCAGUAUUCAGCAAUGCUCCUUCCAGGGUCUCAGACCUGGAGCUCUCUACAGACUAGUGAUCCUGGUCCACAGCGGAGACCAGACCAACCAGACCUCCAUGUUGGCCAGGACAGUACCAGCAGCUGUAACGUCUCUCAAGGCUCAGAAUGGAAACCAGUCUGACACUCUGUUGAUCAAUUGGGAUCGUAGAGAUGGAGAUGUGAUCGGAUAUCUGCUCUCACUCUACAACCCUGAUGGAUCCCUGCAGGCUGAGCAUCAGCUGGGCUCUGAGGUCACGGAGUUUAUAUUUUCAGGCCUCGUUCCUGGUCGGCAGUACCGAGCUGAUGUGCUAAGUCUCAGUGGAAAGCUCCAAAACCGAGCCAGCACUGUGGGCCGUACCGCUCCCAAACCCCCUUCCUCCUUCCUGUUUGGGGGAGUCACCAACACUUCCCUGGAGAUCACCUGGAGUGGUCCAGUAGGUUCUGACUUUGAUGACUUCGACCUGCAGUGGACUCCUAAGGACCAGCUGUCUGUCAUUAACCCAUACCACAGCCGAACAUCUGGCAGCCGCAUCCUAAAGGGGAUGUUCCCCGGACGAUUGUACACCUUCAGCCUUCGAACUGUCAGCGGGGCCACGCAGCCCGGCACCACACCCACCUACAGCACUCCCAUCCAAAAGAGUAUCCGAACAAAGCCAGAGCGAGUCCAUAGCCUCCACUGUCGACCCCAGAGCUCUACCUCCAUCUCCUGCUCUUGGGGACCUCCACAGGCAGACUAUGACUCCUACUCUAUUGAAUGUCUUCACCAGGACACUCACACCCUGGUCUAUUCACGGCGUUCACGUCGAGAGUCCACUAGUUACAUCAUCACCCAGCUUGAACCCCACAAACGUUACACAAUCUUUGUGAAGGUCAUUUCUGACGGGACGACCAGCAAAGAGGCAGAGGACAGUGUGGUCACCAUGAUCGACCGACCUCCUCUGCCACCCCUGACCACCCGGGUCAGUGAGAAGUCCAUUUUGGUCACCAAGUCCUCAGUCUUAUUCCAGUUUAAUUGUAGCUGGUUCAGUGAUGUCAACGGAGCUGUGAGGUUCUUCACUGUGGUUGUGACUGAAUCUGAAGGUGUCAGUGACAUGCAGCCGGACCAGCACCACCCUCUACCUUCUUAUCUGGACUAUAGACACAACAGCUCAGUUAAGUCCUAUCAGACCAACUACUUUCCCAGCCUCUGCUCAGAUGGUCCAGACAGCAGCACCCAGACCUACAACAUCAGCCUUGGGACUGGGAUGGACUCUCUGGGGGGUCCCUGUGACCACAGAGACCUGAAUCAUGCAGAGUCUAGGAGAGACCUGAACUACUUCUGUGAUGGACCUCUGAAGUCAAAGACUUCAUACAGGAUCAGCAUCCGAGCUUUCACUCAACUGUUUGACGAAGAAACUACAAACUCAAGAUUAUCUUCUCCUCUGUUCACUGACACCUUCUUGUCCCUGCCUAUCAUCACAGAGACAGAACCUCUAAGGGGUGUCAUUGAAGGGAUCAGUGCCGGACUCUUCCUCAUCGUCAUGAUUGUUGCCGUCACUGCUCUGCUCAUUUGCCGGCACAAGGCUCGCAAAUUGGUGGAGGAGAGACCUGCAGUCGGGAGGUGUAUGAGGAGAGAGAGGUCAGCAGCAGGAGUCCAGAUGGGAGUUCGAGGCAGCAGGAGGAUCUCCAGUCCCAUCAAGAUCGUGAACUUUGAAUCUCACUACAACAAACUACUGGCUGACUCCAGCUAUCUGUUGUCAGAGGAGUACGAGGACCUGAAGGAUGUUGGCCGGAAUCAGCCACUGGACUCAGCUCUGCUUCCAGAAAACCGUGGGAAGAACCGAUACAACAACAUCCUGCCCUACGACUCAACGAGGGUCAAGCUGUCCUACGUGGAUGAUGAUCCCUGUUCAGACUACAUCAAUGCCAGCUACAUCCCAGGCAACAAUUUCCGCAGGGAGUACAUCGCCACACAGGGUCCUCUUCCUGGGACAAAAGAUGACUUCUGGAAGAUGGUAUGGGAGCAGAACGUCCAUAAUGUGGUCAUGGUCACUCAGUGUGUGGAGAAAGGCAGGGUGAAGUGUGAUCACUACUGGCCGUUUGAUCAGGAUCCUCUGUACUAUGGAGACCUCAUAGUUCAGAUGUUGUCAGAGUCGGUUCUGCCAGAGUGGACAAUCAGAGAGUUCAGAAUCUGCUGUGAGCAGCAGCUGAGCUUCAUCCGCCUUGUUCGGCAGUUUCACUACACAGUGUGGCCCGACCACGGAGUCCCAGAAAGCACGCAGUCUCUCAUCCAGUUUGUUCGAACUGUCCGUGACUAUGUCAACAGGACCCCCGGUUCUGGUCCCACCGUUGUCCACUGCAGCGCUGGUGUGGGCCGAACCGGAACCUUCAUCGUCCUGGAUCGAGUGUUGCAGCAGCUGGACACAAGGGACACGGCGGACAUUUAUGGCGUCGCCUUUGACCUGCGCCUUCACCGAUCACACAUGGUGCAGACUGAGGGUCAGUACCUGUACCUUCAUCAGUGCAUUCGUGAUGUCCUCAGAGCCCGGAAGCUGCGCAGUGAGCAGGAGAGCCUCGUCCACCCCAUCCUAAGAAUGUGAAUCCCAGCUGGCAGAGAGAGACUUCCUGCAGAGUGACUGUUGAGCUUUACAGAGAAACGCAGCCAUUUAUUUUUCUAUCAGUGUUCAUAUUUUAUUCUACAGAUUUAUGAUAAUUUAUGUACCGUGAACUGGACUGUGUCUGUGGUUGUAUACUGUGAUUCUGUGUCACGAUGACGCUGUGGGAACAGCCUCAGGAGACUGAACAUAUUGAUCAGAUUUGAUCAGCGGUGCACACUCCAACUGCUUAACAUUUGCUCGAACAACAGCAGACUCAACUCCCCAUCAAACAUGUACGUAUAUACAGAUGAACAACAUUACCUGUAUGUUACCUGUUCAUCUUAUUCUACCUUAACCUCUCCCUGGAGAUCUGCUUGUAGCCAUACCUGUACAAGUUCUGUACCUGAAUCUGAACCUGUACCUGUACCUACACAUACAUACCUGUCUGUGAACAGCUCAUUAAACACACAGCACGUGUACAAAUA